AUGUUAGACAUAGAAACUUGUGCUGGACAUGGGAUUACACGGUGUACUAAGGUCUUCAUCAAGAACCUGGACAGAGUAGUCACUACCAGCAAGGAUGUGCAUGAUGCAUUUAGAUCUUUCGGAGAGAUUGUAUCCUGCAAGGUUGCUUGUGACGACAGCGGCCAGUCCAGAGGGUACGGCUAUGUUCACUUCACGGACCGUGAAGCUGCCCAGUCAGCUAUUGACAGUGGCGUGCUGGUGAAUGACCGCAAGGUGGUUGCCAGCCGCUUCAUGUCACCACGUGAGCAUAUCGAGAAGCUUGGCAGCACCAGCGUUUACAUCAAGAACUUCCCAGAUGACAUCGAUGGUGAUGAGAAACUCGAGGCGAUGUUCGAAUCGUUUGGGAAAAUCUUCAGUGCCAAAGGUAUGUUCGAUGAAAGUGGAAAAGCGCGUGGAUUUGGCUUUUGCAAUUUCGAGUCUCCGUCUGAUGCUGAGAAGGCUAUUCGUGAGAUGAACGGAAAACCCAUGGGCGGAGGAAAGAAUCUGCAUGUUGAACGGCAUGUGAAGAGGGACGGGAAGCCGAAAGACCAGCGCGGUAAAACCUACCCUGGUGUCAACCUUUACGUUAAGAACAUCGAUCACACCAUUGACGAUGAUCGCCUGGAGAAGGAGUUCUCUUCCUAUGGAAGUAUCACCUCUGUCAAGGUCAUGAGGGAUGAUAGGGGACAUAGCAAAGGAUUCGGCUUUGUCUGUUUCGCUAGUUCCGAGGACGCUGGCAAGGCGUUGCGGGAAAUGAGUGGGAAAAUGAUCGGUACUAAGCCACUGUACAUUGCCCUUGCUCAACGCAAGGAGGACCGACAGGCUCAGUUAUCCCAACAGUACACGCAUGCACCACCGGCAAUGCUUAUGCAGCAGCCACCUCAGCAACCACCUCAGCAGCAGCAACAGACCGGUUACUGGGUAACCAUGAGGCCAAAUCCACUUACGUCCUAUUGUGCGCAGGCUGCCGGUCAGCAGAUGCCGGUGUUCCAGCCUCAAGUCUACUAUCCCAUGCCACCACCACCACCGCAGGCAGCAGCAGCAGCUACAGCAGCUCACCCGCGAGCUCCCUUCAUGCCUCGACCGUCUGGCAUGCAACCGCCGCCACCGCAGGGCAGGUUCCAGCAGAUGAGGCCACCCAGCCAGAACCCACACGGGAUGAUGCCACCGGCGGGUGCCUAUGGCGCCAAUGCUGCUAGCAACGUGCACUAUUGGCCGCAGGCCAGUCAUCCCCAGGGACAGGCGGCGGCCGCGGCGUAUCCUGCUGGUGCUGUGCCUGCAGCCGGUCACAUUGGCGCGGGGGGUGCUGUCUCCACAGCUGCUCGGUCCAGCUCCAACGCUGAACACUUCAAUGGACUGUUGUAUCCACCUCAUCCACGUGGUGGCCCAGCCCGGGGUCAUCAGUACCGGUAACCCAAAUGUGGAAGCUGCUGCUUUGCAGAGAGUGUGCAUCUCCGGUUUUCUUCAAGCGUAAGCUGGCCCCGGAAAGCAAGCAGCGGACAAGAUCACUGGGCACUCUUGACGGUAGACCAUGCAGAGAUUGCGUGUGCAGGACCAACUUAAAUUCUCUUCCAGCUGAUAGUGGCUCUGAAAACACGUCUGUGUUGCGGACGCCAUACCAGAAGAUUGUGGAGAUCAGUACAUGCAACCCUGGAGAGGAGGUGAUUGUCACCGCCAUCUUCUUUACUGACACCAGAUUGUGUGUCCAACUGUUUAUGGUUCUUGUACACUGUGGCUCACCAAUAACAUGGGCGCGUGAUGUCAACAUGGAUACUGGAAAGACUUACCUAGUUAGGUUGUCUCGGUUACCAGGUUACAACUAGCAAGUCCGAUGGAAUUUACGAUUGCUUCUGUUGCUGGAGAAUCGUAAAUGCACUACUCCUGACAAUCAAAAAUAUACUUGAAAAAAAUGUGUGUGGUUUAGUCACGGAACAAAGUUCAUUUUUGUAGAGUCUGGUUACUGCGUAUGUAGGAUUGUUGCUACUGUAGAGCUUGAGUGGAAUUCCACAUUAAUAUAUACAAGUACAUGCAAUUGUCGUCUUGGAAAUGGCUGGGGGUGCUGCACCCAUUCUUCGUGUGUCCCCAAAGCCGUCUGCACCCAUUCUUCGUGUGUCCCCAAAGCCGUCUGCACCCAUUCUUCGUGUGUCCCCAAAGCCAUCUGCACCCAUUCUCCAUGUGUCCCCAAAGCCGUCACGCACUAACUAAACACACUGAUGUGUGCAGCUCGUAAUACAAACUUGGUCCCGCGGUAACGUGGAAUGGCAGAGCUUUGGGUAUUGUAAAUAGAAGUUGAAAAAAUUC